GAAGGUACCAUAGAGACGGCGCGAUGGGGACGCCGGCCAGAGAAGAAUUAGACCUGGAAGUAAUGAAGCCUUUAAUAGAAGAUCAAAGUUCAGACGAUGAAUAUGAGAAUGAAACAGAUUUACUGCCGGCAGAGAAGAAAUAUCAGCUUGAUCAGGAGGGCAUUACAUUUGUUCAAACGCUCACUCACAUCCUUAAAGGAAACAUUGGGACAGGUCUUCUGGGCCUCCCUCUUGCAAUAAAAAAUGCAGGCAUUCUGCUUGGACCAAUCAGUCUUCUCUUCAUUGGAAUUGUGUCAAUCCACUGCAUGCACAUUUUGGUACGAUGCAGCCAUUAUCUAUCUGUCAGAUUGAAAAUACCUUUCUUAGGGUAUAGUGACACCGUUAGCCAUGCCAUGGAAACGUGUCCCUUUCACUUACUACAGAAACGAUCAUCUUGGGGAAGAUAUGUCGUUGACUUCUUCCUUGUGGUUACCCAGUUGGGCUUUUGUAGCGUUUAUUUUGUAUUCUUAGCUGAAAAUAUGAAACAAGUUUUCGAAGGAUAUGCUCAAACUAAACCAUAUGCUAUGAACACUACAGGACCCACUGCCCCCCCAGACAGAAAGACCACCGAUUUGAGAGUAUACAUGUUGUGCUUCCUUCCACCUGUAAUCCUCUUGGUUUUCAUUCGAGAUCUGAAGCAUCUCUCUGUGUUCUCAUUCCUUGCGAAUUUAGCCAUGGCUGUCAGCUUGAUCGUUAUUUAUCACUACGUUAUAGAGGGUUUAGCUGAACCUCAAAAACUGAUUCUGGUGGCUAGUUGGAGCAGGUAUCCACUCUUCUUUGGCACAGCUGUCUUUGCAUUUGAAGGAAUAGGUGUGGUGCUCCCCAUUCAGAAUAGGAUGAAAGAAGUUAACCGCUUCCCAGUGGCACUCAACGUUGGCAUGGGAAUUGUGAUGUCCUUGUAUAUUUCAUUAGCCACCCUGGGAUACGUACGAUUUGGAGACGAAAUCAAAGCCAGCAUUACUCUCAACCUGCCACAAGAUCAAUGGUUGUACCAAAUGGUCAAGAUCCUUUAUUCCUUUGGGAUUUUUGUGACCUACUCGAUUCAAUUCUACGUUCCAGCUGAGAUCAUCAUUCCCAUUGUAGCGACCAGAGUGCAGCAGAAACUGAAGCUGAUCUGUGAGUUGGUAGUGAGAAUGCUUCUGGUCUGCUCAACCUGUGCUAUAGCAAUAUCCAUCCCUCGUCUAGACAUCGUGAUCUCGCUCGUUGGAGCCGUAAGCAGUAGCACUUUGGCUUUGAUCAUGCCCCCGUUGAUUGAAAUCCUCACCUUUUACAAGGAGAAGCUAAGUGUAUGGGUGAUCUUCAAAGACAUUUCCAUAGCCUCCCUUGGCGUGAUCGGUUUCAUAGCUGGCACAUAUGUAAGUGUUAAAGAGAUUAUCUGCCCCACAACUUUGUUUUUUGAGAAUGGUACGGUCGGUUCAGCAACCUGCUUCAACACUUCCCACUUGGCCAAGGAUGCCAAUUAAUGUCAGAAGAUUGUGGGCCUGUUGAAUUUCAUAAUAGAUGCGUGUUUGCAAACCAAAGAGAUUCCAGAUGGACAGGUUUUGAAAGAGAAAAUGGUUGGAAGAGGGAUUUCCCCCCCUCCCCCCAAUGAAAUCUGCUCCUUUGGAGGAUACAACUUAUUCAAGAUUUUUCUUCUCUUCCGUUCAAGCAUCAUGGACUGCUGUGUAUUUAUUUGCAAAAGGGACCAGAAAUCAAAAACACUUCUUGAUAUCAUGUUUGGACAUCUCACAUUGAGAGAAUAAUCCCUGCCAACUUCUUUAUUUAAAGUUAAGCCAGUCUUUUGAGAUCCUCUUCGCGUAACUUCGGAGAUUAACAAGAUUUAUGCAAAAAUCUGGAUAUCGUCUCUCUCUCUAUCUCUGUGUGUGUAUUGUGUAAAUCUUUUAUGUUUUGAAUUUUAUGUAUCUACUUGGUAUACAAGUAGAAAUGCUUUCCAGUGGAUUCUACUCCCCAAGUAGACAAGGACUUAAGCCCGUUCCAUCACUGCAGUUUUUCCUCCGUGAGAUUAGACCUGAUGUCCCUGAAUUAACAGCCUUCAUGGUUUAUCUUGGUAGAGUAAGAUAAACUCAUCAUAUUAGUAAUUUCUCCUAAUGUCUGCAAAGAAAUAUGUCUUCAGACUUAGGUCUCAGUUAUGCAAAUGGUUUACAUGAUGUGAAGGAACAAGAAUGAUGCAGUUUUGGAGAGGCAAAAAAUUUGCUUGGCUUUUGGUAACAGAGUCAAGCCACAAUUGUGGAUUAUCAAAGGACAGUUCCCCCCAGCAUGCAUGAGAGUAAUAUUACAGUUCCACAGAAAGCUGUAUUUUUCUAUUUAUUUCUAACUACACAGAGCACUUCUAUAUUUGUAUGUAAGCACUGUUUGGUUGCAAAUGAGAUAUAUCUGUAGAAUUUUACUUUCUAUGGAAAUCAUACGUAUGUAUCCUUUAUGCUUUAAUCUGUUUUUUUUUAAAAGAAAACAAAUUUUGAUAAUAUGAAGGUGCCAUAAAACUCCUGUUCAGAGUAAACCAGUUGAAAACAAUUAAACUUACGGUAAUAAUAGCCAUGAUUUGAUCUUAGAAAUUUCAAUGAGUAUAUUCUAAACAUGACAAAGUCUGGUCUUAACUCAACAGUUUGAAUCCAUUAAAAUACAUUGAUAAGGGGUUCAUGUCUUGGGGUGACCUAUUCUUUCUAAACCUUUCUCACUCUCAAUUUGCUAAGGACCUGAAUAAGAAGAAAGGGACUAUAUCUUCUGUUUUACUUGCUUUUGGCCAUAAUAGUAUACCCUGAAAUUGUCACAGGCUAUUAUUGUCUGGUUCUCUUUGUUCCCAUGAAAUUUCAUAAUCCAAAGCAAGCAGAAGAGCAGAUACACACAAUCUUAUGAUGUGAAGGAUUCAAUAAAAUAGGAAGUUUUCCUCUGCAUUAUGCAUUGAUAGGCUGUUUUGGAGUCUGUAUUACAGACCUUUUGUGUUUUUCGUUCAUCUGUACACAGUAUUCAUACAUCAUACGACAUUAACAUACAAGAUACGUCACACAACUUCACCUUAUCCUGCCUGGGAUUUAUAUUCCUUGCUAAAGUCUUUGAUUCCUUCUUGAACCUCUUUCUCUGAGGCAUUCAUUCCAUCUUUGGAAAACCUAGCCGGAGGCAGGGAGAAGGGGAG